AUGCUUGCCAUGCCACCAGGUAUUCCAGCCGGAAUGGUUGCCGAUGCUCCUAUUCUCCGAAUCCCGUGUCUCAGGGCAGCACCGCAGGCACAGCCCGAACCCGUCGUCCACCGACAACCACCCCAAAUGGAGUAUCCUCAGGGCGGAGGUCUCUAUGACGACCCAUACGGACGCUCGCCGCAUGACCCCUUCUUCAGACAGCGCAACCCGGUCACGUACCCUUCACAACACCCCGUGCUCCCUCCUCGAGGCAAUGAGAACCAUCACUACAUGCUCCCUCGGGUAACUGAGCACCCUCAAAUGCAGCACAAAAUCCACAAGUCAUAUCCCAGACAUCAGCGUCACCGUUCGGGUUCUGGCUCUCCGCCGAGAAACGAGCCCAUCCUGGCUCCCUAUCCCUCCAUUCAUGGCUCAGCUCAGAGACCACCUCGCAUGCCGAAUGUCAACACCCCGUCCAAUUAUCUCUCGGUCCCGUCGCUACAAAAACCCGACUUCUCUCUCCAGGCACAUGAGUCCCUGCUUCGUCAAGCCGCCAUGCGUGCUGCUUUGCACAACGGGAUCCGCCAAACCAAGCCCGUGGUUGAGCGGCCGGUCCGACAUCCACCCCCAGUGCCGAGACAAACUCGCCGGACGCUUAGCGACAGAGAGAAGAUUGACAUAUGUCUCUUCCACGAGCACCACAGGUCUUUAACCCAUAAGGACAUUGCCGAUAAGUUUGGUGUGGAGAGAACCACCGUAACCAAGAUCUUGCUGAACAAGCAGCACCAUCUGCACCCAGGACAAAAUUGA